AGAGGCAUUUGUGUCAGCCACCAGUCCAUCCAUCUGACCUGCCAGAGACAUCAAAAUCAAAUUAAGAGUUUCCAAUCCAAAGACGGCGGUCUCCCAGACUUCAGAAGCUCGGUGUGAUGCUGCUGUAGAACAUCCGAGAGCCUCCAGCCUCCCCAUGCAUUGACAGCUACUGAGGAUGAGAGAGCUGACGCCUGUUUUGGUGCCUCCUUUUAUUGAAAGUCACCAGGACGCAGGGGCACUUCUUCUUCUACUUUUGGUGCCACAUUCUAGAUUAAUUCGAAACUGCGAAACAUGCCACGAAGAUUCAGACUCAAUCGUCAUGGCAACCUCAUCAUCACCACCGCCUUGCUGAGCUCCUCAGAAGCCCACAGCUCCCUGGUUUUGAAGUUGUUCGGGAUGCUUGUCUUGGUCAAUGUCACCCUUUCUUGUCCAUUAAGCUGCUACUGCCAUAAUGACACCGGUUUGGUGCAAUGCCAUGUUGUGUCUCCUCAGCAGGACUUCCCCGAGGAUGUCCCUCGAUGGGUGCAGAACUUGUCAGUGACUGGAAGUAACAUAAGCGUCCUCCAAGGUUCCUUCUUUCGGAGGUAUGGGGCACCUUUUGUUAACUUAACAACUCUCCUUCUAACCAACAACAACAUUCGAGCCAUUGAGUCGGAGGCUUUCGUUGACCUUCCCAACCUGACCACCUUAGACCUAAGCAACAACCCCUUGGAGUCUUUAUCUAACAGCACAUUUUUUGGAUUAGGUCAAUUGGAAACCUUAAAGUUGAACAAUGCUCUUCGAGAAGUGGCUCAGAAUCAGCUUUUUAACUCUCCAUGGACCGAAGUCUUGAGGAACCUCCGGACUUUAGAACUUACCGGAAACGAUUUACAAGCUUUCCCCAAGAAUGUUUUGGAUCUCAGGAGCUUGAAGACCAUCUACCUUGGAAAUAAUUCUAUUAAGACUAUUGACAAAGAUACAACUGAGCAACUCAAGGAAAUAAAACUUCAAGUCUACCUGAACCCCAACCCCAUCGCCUGCGACUGUAAGACAGUCGACAUGAUCUUGUGGCUAAAAAACACUUCUCAGACCUCAGAAGCUCAAAGCCUCCAGUGUGCCUCUCCACAAAACCUAAACGGCACCCUAGUCUUCAACUUCAAAACUGACAAUAUGAAGUGCAUAAGCAAGGAGCUGGAGACUGCCUCUUAUGUCUUCUUUGGAAUAGUCUUGGCUCUGAUAGGAGUUAUAUUCCUCAUGGUCCUCUAUUUGAACCGACGAGGGAUAAAGAGGUGGCUCAAUAAUUUCCGGGAAGCCUGCAGGGACCAGAUGGAGGGAUAUCAUUAUCGAUAUGAACAGGAUUCAGACCCGAGGAGGUCAAAUGCUUCAACUGGGAUAUAAAACUAGUCAAACUGGUCUCCAGCUCUGGGUCUGGAGGAUUUUUAUUUUAUUUAUUGCAAUGCAAAAAGGAAUGAAGUCAUAAGAUGUAUAUAAUUUAUAUGUGCCUGUAGUUACACUGUAUAUACUGUAUGAAAUACAUGUCACAUCUAACG